AUGGCGAUGUCCUCGCCGGUGACGCUUGCCCUGUCCAUGCCAUCGUCUCCUGAAGCUGCUUCUCCUGUUUUUCGGAGAAAAUCUAGACGAAGCCGGCCCUACGAGAGGGUGAGGAGGAGAGAGGCCCCCUCACUCUCGCCGCUGCCUUCUCCCCGGCCGUCGCCGGAUCGAGUUCCCCGGCCGUCCUCUGCUCCACCUGCCCAGUCCACCCUUACCGAGGCCGACCCAGAGGACGGAGAUGAGGGGGGAAGGAGGCAACGCUACAACUUCCGCAACCUGCCCCGCAAGAGUUACCAUGAGAUUGGGAGGCACUGUGUGCAGAAGCGCCGCAGGCGCCGAAAUGCCGCCGCCCGAGCUGGUGCCGCCGUCCGAGCUGGAGCUGCGGCCCUAGCUGAAGCCGCCGCUGGAGCCGACAUCCGACCCCCCCCUGUCCGACCCGCCGCCAUCCGACCAGCGGCCCGCCGACCCAUGGCCGAUUCCAUCCAACCCACCAAGCAGAGGAAGAAUAGGGAAGAUAUGCCGCCGCCCGAGUUGGAGCUACGGCCCGAGCUGGAGCCACCGCUGGAGCCGCCCUCCGACCGGCCGCCCGCCGACCCAUGGCCGACCGCUCUCCUCCAAGACGAGGCCCCGUGGCCUGCCGGAGACCUCUGGACUCCCGUCCUCCUUGGAGGCCAUAGGUUCCUGAGUUCCCAGACCCCCUGGCCUCCGCAACAUGAAAUGACAUUUGGCCCGUCGACUCGAGAGCUUUCCUCUGAUCUGGAUGGGAAGCUCUCCCGAAGCGAAGGUCGCCUGGUGGUCUUGGCUGCUCUCAUGGUCCUGCUCUGCAGGAGAGACACCCUUCGCCUGCCACAGGAACACCUCUAUUGA